AUGGCAAUCACGCGAGGCGCUUCCCUGCGUCGCUGGAUCAUGAACCUACCACCUGUCGACUGGGCCCUUCAUCAGCUCCGCGAACUUCUGAUCAAUACUCUAAAAUGCGGUCCAAUACCUCAACAUAUAGCCUUCGUAAUGGACGGCAAUCGUCGUUACGCUCGUACGCAUAAGCUCGAAACAGUGGAAGGCCACCACCUAGGUUUCGAAGCCCUCGCUCGCAUACUGGAGGUCUGCUACAAGUCAGGAGUGAAAGUCGUGACAAUUUACGCAUUCAGCAUUGAGAAUUUUAAGCGAAGCAAGUACGAGGUUGACGGGCUUAUGGAUAUGGCCAAGACGAAGCUUGUGCAGAUGUCACAGCAUGGAGAGCUAUUUGAUCGGUAUGGAGCUUCUGUGCGGAUACUUGGAGACAAGAGUCUCGUGCGGGAGGAUGUGCUGGAGCAAGUGGAUCGAGCGGUGGAAAUGACAAGGCAUAACGACCAGGCUGUGUUGAACGUCUGUUUCCCAUACACCAGUCGGGAGGAGAUUACCAGGAGUAUCCGAGAAACGGUGGCAGAGUUCAGUACGGCCACGCAGAGACCCAGGGGCCAACGAGGCUUUAGUGAGACUCAUGUUCUGCGGAAUCUAAGAAGGAGACAAUUGAGCAGCGUGGCGGAAGAAGACAAACCUGACAAAGAGAGGAUGUUGGAUCUGCUAGAUCAUGGACAGGAAGUGGAUAGUUCGGAGAUGUCUGAUCAAGAUCUGGACGCUUCGUCGACGCUCCAAGUGGAAAGCUCACAAACCUCGCAUUCACCUUCACCUACACUAAAGCCACUAGCCGGUGACAACUCGAGCUCAGAGCGGAAUCGACAACAUUAUCCAGACCCAGAGACCUUGACAGAAGAUCAUCUGGACAAGAACACAUACACAUUUCCAGCACCUCCAUUGGACCUUUUAGUACGCACGUCUGGUGUGUCUAGGUUGUCAGAUUUCAUGCUCUGGCAAUGCCAUGAAGAGACCGAGAUCAAGUUCCUCGACUGCUUGUGGCCAGAAUUCGACCUCUAUCAGUUCUUGCCUACUCUACUGGAAUGGCAGUGGAGGCAAAGGAGAGAGGCAGCAGAAGAGAUCGCCGUCCCCGACCACAUGCGCGCCAGCCAGUGGACCUACAGUCACGGCGGCAUCGACAAAAACCUCAAGCUCAACCCCAAGGCCUCACUACCCAAGAAUGCCAAGUCCUUGCGAGCCGGACAGACACUGGUGAAGGUCGCCUACGCAUGUCCGAACCCGAUCGACUACAAACUGGCCGACAAUGUUCCCUUCAUAUUCAGCAAACCCGCCACGCCAUGUCUGGACUACUCUGGCAUCGUGGUGGAGAGCAAGCUCGGCCAUCUCAAGACUGGCGAACUGGUGUUUGGCAAGACUGAACCUCCUUCUUGCGGCGCGUUGGGCGAGUAUAUCGUCGUUGGCAAAGAGGGUUGUGUUCCCGUGCCCAACGACGUGUCACUCAAGGAUGCAGCUUGUGUGGGUGUUGUCGGCUUGACAGCCUACCAAUGCAUCGUCCCCUACGCCAAGAAAGGAGACAAGGUCUUCAUUAAUGGUGGCAGCGGCGGAACAGGCACUUUCAUGAUCCAGAUCGCCAAAGCUGUAGGCUGCCACGUCACGACCACAUGUUCGGGCCCGAACGUUGAAUUGUGCAAAUCUCUUGGGGCGGAUGAAGUGGUCGACUACAAAACCACCGACAUCCUCAAGAAACUCACUUCUUCUGGACACAACUAUGACCUGAUAGUCGACACUGUGUUCGCCACACCGGCCCUCUAUUGGAAUGCCCACAAGUACCUCAAGCCGACAACCGGCCGCUUCGUCACCAUCGCCGGUACACCCUCAAUCUCAUUCAUCAUAGACUUCCUCAAAGUCUUGGUCUGGCCCUCUGUUCUAGGCGGUGGGCAAAGGACAUUCACGUUUGUGACCGCAAAUACCAACCCGACACACUAUGCCGAGAUCGCGAAGUGGAUGGAAGAGGGCAAAGUGAAGGCUGUGAUAGAGAAGGAGUUUGAGCUUGAAGAUGCAGAUAAGGCUUUCGCGCAUCUGAAGAGUGGGAGGACGAAAGGGAAGGUUGUUGUAAAGGUUUGUGAGGAGGAGCCUACGAGGCCGGAGUGA